GGCCGACUACUGGAAGUCACAACCAAAGAAGUUUUGUGAUUACUGCAAGUGCUGGAUCGCAGACAAUAGGCCUAGUGUCGAAUUUCAUGAACGGGGAAAGAAUCAUAAGGAAAAUGUGGCAAAGAGAAUCAGUGAGAUUAAACAGAAAAGCCUGGAUAAGGCGAAAGAAGAAGAAAAGGCAUCAAAGGAGUUUGCUGCAAUGGAGGCAGCUGCCCUAAAAGCAUACCAAGAGGAUCUGAAAAGGCUUGGCUUAGAGUCAGAUAUCUUAGUACCAAGUGUGUCACCAGUACCUAGUACUACCCCACCUCCCUCUGCGUCAAAUCAACAGAAAGAAAAGAAGAAGAAGAAAAAGAAGAAAGAUCCUUCAAAGGGUCGCUGGGUAGAAGGUGUAACCUCAGAAGGUUAUCAUUACUAUUACGAUCUCAUCACAGGAGCAUCUCAGUGGGAGAAACCUGAAGGAUUUCAAGGAAAUUUAAAAAAGACAGCAAAGGCCAUUUGGGUAGAAGGUUUAAGUGAAGAUGGUUAUAGCUAUUACUAUAAUACAGAAACAGGAGAAUCCAAAUGGGAAAAACCUGAUGAUUUCAUUCCACAUACUGGCAGUAUGCUUUCUAAUAAGGUCAAUGAAAAGUCACUUGGCAGCCUAAAAGAAUCUGAAUCAUCAGAUAGUGACUCUGAUGGGGAACAAGACUCAAAAGAAGUCUCUGCAGAAACAAAACAGCCAAAAAUAAGUUUUAAGGUAAAAAAUAAAAAUAGUGAUGAAGGAACUGCCCCAAAAAUACAGAAAGAAAAAAGUGUCCAAAAACAGAAUUCAUCAAGUCCAAGUGAAGAAAAAUCCAAAACUUUGAAAAAAUCAAACCCAUAUGGAGAAUGGCAAGCAAUUAAGGAAAAAGUUGAGUCUGAUGAGGAGGUAGAUUUAGAACUUCCAAGCACUGAGAAUGAGUAUAUAUCGACUUCUGAGGCUAAUGCUGUGGAACCCAAAGUGGUAUUUAAGGAAAAAACAGUCACUUCUCUUGGAGUUGUGGCAGAUGGAGUGGCCCCAGUCUUCAAAAAAAGAAGAAUUGAAAAUGGAAAAUCUAGAAAUUUAAGGCAACGAGGUGAUGAUCAGUAAUUGCUAAAGAUCUUUUUGUAUGUGCAUUUUGGCCAAAAUGGGGACUUACACCUCCUACAGCUUCUCUGCAUUUAUUUCUGAGUACGUUGAUGAUGAAAAUUUAGAUUUAUUUUAAAUAUAUUUUAUGUGAAUUAAGAUAAAUCUUUUUCAUGUGAAAUUUAUUUUUGUUCCUAAAAUGGGAGCCUCUCACAGUGCUAUGUAAUACAGUGUAUUAUGUUCAUUGUCUAAAAAUUGCUAAUUAUGUCACACCUUAAGAUACUAUGUGUCUGUUAUUUAAAAUAUGGAAAACCAAGAUCUUUAUUCCAUUCUUACUCGUGUGAACAUAUUUAUCCUACAUUGAAAAUACAUUGGUUUUGCAUACUGAUGUUAACUGUUACUCAAAAAAGAAUCAGGGCACAUAAGAGAAGAUUCACAGCCAGUUGACAAUGUGGUUCUGAGGGUCCUAGCCAGAGGUUGAUGGGGAAAAUGUAUGUGUGUUGGUUUACCUUACUCAGUUUGAGUUCAAAGGCCAGAACCAGGAACAGCUCAGGUACUUCAAAUGAGCUUAAACUGGAGCAAAGACUGGACCAAAGGUAGAAAUGUGUAUUUUGCCUAUGUUCAGUUUAAAGCAACAAAUGUUGCUUAAGCAUUAUAACUUUGAGCCAAGCAUUAUGCUAGAAACCAGGGAUGUACAAAAAAAAGACGUCCUUAUUCUUCAGGAGCUCACGUUAUAAUUUAGGCCUUUUUUCCAGUCAUGCACUUUUUUUUGACAGCUUUAUAUGUGCUGGAAAAUAUUUUAAAGUUUUAUUUAAAGCUAUGUGGAUAAAGGCAUGAAGGUCUCUGACUUCAACACAUGUUUUUAGUGUUCAGUUAUGCAUAUUAGAAAUUUCCUAUUUUCUGGUUAGAUUUCUUAAAAAGUAGAAUUUUGUCAUUUAAUCUAUUUGAAGUAGAUUCUUUCCAUUUUACAAACUUACUGUAAAAUUAUAUUUUUAAAAUUGUACAGUAUUUAACUUUUGGUAGCAGAUAUUUGUCUUUUGAGUAGUACUACUAUACAUAUAGGAACAAUAGCUUAUUAAAGACUUCAUAAAAAAAUAAAUA